ACGGAGGCGAGCUGAGGGCCACCUGCCAUGCGCCCCGGGCGUGCCGCGUCCUGCUGGAGCUUGCAGACAACGCUGCUGGCAAAGGUUGUCACACCUUCGUCCCCUCGAACGCCUCUGUCGCCUGCAGAGCAAGGCUGGGUCGCGAUGGCGUCUGUGUUCCGAAGCGAGGAGAUGUGCCUGUCACAGCUCUUCCUCCAGGCGGAGGCUGCGUACUGCUGCGUCGCUGAGCUGGGAGAGCUUGGAUUGGUUCAGUUCAAAGAUUUAAAUGUGAACGAGAGCCGCUUCCAAAGGAAAUUUGUGAAUGAAGUCCGGAGGUGUGAGUCCCUGGAGAGAAUCCUCCGUUUUCUGCAAGAUCAGAUGCAAAAUGAGAUUGAGAUUCAGCUGCCAGAGAAGCCCCCGCCUACUCCUCUCCCGCGGGAAAUGAUCACCCUGGAGACUACUCUAGAAAAACUGGAAGGAGAGUUACAGGAAGCCAAUCAGAACUAUCAGGCUUUGAAGAAAAGCUUCCUAGAACUGACCGAACUCAAACAUCUUCUGAAGAAAACCCAAGACUUCUUCGAGACGGAAACCAAUUUAACUGAUGAUUUCUUCUUGGAAGACACUUCGGGUCUCCUGGAGUUACGACCUACGCCUGCACACAUGAGCGGAAAGCUGGGGUUCACCGCCGGCGUGAUCCACAGGGAGAGGAUGGCUUCCUUUGAGAAGCUGCUGUGGCGUUGCCGAGGAAACAUCUACUUGAAGUUCAGUGAAAUGGACACGGUGCUGGAAGACCCCGUCACGAGAGAAGAAAUUAAAAAGAAUAUAUUCAUCAUAUUUUAUCAAGGAGAGCAGCUCAGGCAGAAAAUCAAGAAGAUCUGUGAUGGGUUUCGAGCCACCACAUACCCCUGCCCGGAGCCCGCAGCGGAGCGCAGAGAGAUGCUGGCUGGUGUCAACACGAGGCUGGAAGAUUUAAUCACUGUCAUCACGCAGACAGAGUCUCACCGUCAGCGCCUCCUGCAAGAAGCGGCUGCCAGCUGGCACACCUGGGCCACGAAAGUGCAGAAGAUGAAGGCCGUCUACCACACCCUGAACCUGUGCAACAUCGACGUCACCCAGCAGUGCAUCAUCGCCGAGAUCUGGUUCCCUGUGGCCGACGCCGUGCGCAUCAAGAGGGCACUGGAGCAAGGCAUGGAACUGAGUGGUUCCUCCAUGGUCCCCAUCAUGACAGCAGUGCAAUCUAAAACAGCUCCUCCCACAUUUAACAGGACUAAUAAAUUCACAGCUGGUUUCCAGAACAUUGUAGAUGCCUACGGCGUCGGCAGCUACCGGGAGAUGAACCCAGCUCCCUACACCAUCAUCACUUUCCCCUUCCUGUUUGCCGUGAUGUUUGGAGACUGCGGUCAUGGGACUGUGAUGCUUCUGGCAGCCCUUUGGAUGGUCCUCAAUGAGAGACGCUUGCUCUCCCAGAAGACCAACAAUGAGAUCUGGAACACCUUCUUCCACGGCCGCUACCUCAUACUCCUCAUGGGCAUCUUCUCCAUCUACACGGGCUUGAUCUACAAUGACUGCUUCUCCAAGUCUUUCAACAUCUUCGGCUCUUCCUGGAGCGUCCAGCCCAUGUUCAGGAACGGCACCUGGAAUACUCAGGUAAUAGGAACAAAUCCAUAUUUACAGCUGGACCCAGCCAUUCCAGGAGUGUACUCUGGAAAUCCAUACCCUUUUGGGAUUGAUCCGAUUUGGAACUUGGCUUCAAACAAGCUAACAUUCUUGAACUCCUAUAAGAUGAAAAUGUCGGUCAUCCUGGGAAUCGUCCAGAUGGUUUUUGGGGUCAUUCUCAGCCUUUUCAACCACAUAUUCUUCAGAGACACCCUCAGCAUCAUGCUGCAGUUCGUCCCCGAGGUGAUUUUUAUCCUGUGCCUGUUCGGGUACCUGGUCUUCAUGAUCAUCUUCAAAUGGUGCUCCUUUGACGCCUCCGUGUCCCGGCGCGCCCCCAGCAUCCUCAUCCACUUCAUUAACAUGUUCCUGUUCAAUUACAACGACCCUUCGAACGCCCCUCUCUACAAGCAUCAGCAAGAAGUCCAAAGUUUCUUUGUUAUUAUGGCUUUGAUUUCUGUGCCAUGGAUGCUUCUGAUUAAGCCAUUUAUUCUUAGAGCCAAUCAUCUGAAAUCACAGAUGCAGGCCUCCAGGAUCCAAGAAGAGGCCACCGAGGACAUCGAAGCUGUCAACUCCAGCGCUUCCGUGAGCUCUGGGCGGAGGGCUUCUGCAGGUGCCCAUGGGGCUCACGAUGACCAUGAAGAGGAGUUCCACUUUGGAGACAUCUUUGUGCAUCAAGCCAUCCACACGAUCGAGUACUGCCUGGGCUGCAUUUCGAACACAGCCUCCUACCUCCGGCUCUGGGCCCUCAGCCUGGCACAUGCGCAACUGUCUGAGGUGCUCUGGACCAUGGUCAUGACCAUCGGCCUUCGAGUGCAAGGCUGGGGAGGGCUCGUCGGCGUGUUCAUCAUUUUUGCCGUAUUUGCUGUUCUGACGGUAGCCAUCCUUCUGAUCAUGGAGGGCCUCUCCGCUUUCCUGCACGCCCUGCGGCUGCACUGGGUGGAGUUCCAGAAUAAGUUCUACGUGGGAGCUGGUUACAAGUUUGCUCCAUUCUCCUUUAAACAAAUCCUGGAUGGGACGGCCGAGGACUAGCGUCAGGUCCAGGGGCUGCAGCCACCUCCUGUAUUGGUCACCUCCUCCACCAGCCACUCCCUCCAUGGGUCACCUCUUGUGCCAGCCUCUGUGCCAGUGAAAGACGUUAGUCUUGUUUUAAACGUCAGCCUGUGCCAGGCAGUCAAUGGCAUGAUUGUGCUCAGCUAACUGGACGCAGGACCUCAGGUAUUAUAUCUAUAAGCCGUGGGAUUUGAUAUGAUUUAACCAUGUCACAGAGACGCUACCUAGGCAAGUCAUUUCAGCCUCGCGUGGGGUCUUCACUGUCGAAUGGGAAAAUGAUUGCGGAGUGGGGGGGAGGGGCAUGCCAACCUGCUGUUUUCUUGUGAUAGUUUUACAUAUUAUUUUUAAGAAAAUAAACUUCCAGACCAUUCACUUUU